GGGCGCGGCGUCUGGGCGGCCCCGCCGGGCACCCCAGUCCCGGCCACGUGUCGCCGGCUCGGACGGGCCGCCCAGAGGUGGGGCCGGCGCUCGCUGCGCGGCCACGUCCCGCCCGGAAGCCGCGGCGCCCCCGGCUGCAGCGCACCCCGAGCGGCUCCGGGGCGCGGGCGCACCUGGCGGCCUGACCCCGCCCCGGCCGGAGCCAUGGCGGCGCCGCCCGCGCUGUGCGCCCCGCAGGGACCCGCGCCGGGCCCCGCCGCCCCGCCGGCCGCCUCCCCGGGGCCCGCGUCGGGGCUGGGCCGCUGCCGCGCCGCGCUGCUGCUGGCCGUGGCGCUCGACGUGGCGGGCAUGGCGGCGCUGCUGACCGGCGUGUUCGCGCAGCUGCAGGUGCGCGGCCGCGACUUCGGGGACCUGCUCAUCUACUCGGGCGCGCUGCUCGUCUUCCUGAGCCUGCUGGGCUGGAUCCUCUGGUACACCGGCAACAUCGAGAUCUCCCGCCAGGAGCUCGAGCGCGACUACGGCCUGCGGCCCUCGGCGCUCGCCCGCCUGGCGCGCAAGCUGUCCCGCCGCUGGUCCGCGCCCGCCGGCCCGCGCCCCCCGCCCGGCGCCCCCGGAGCGCGCCGCGCCCCCCGCGCCUCCCCGCCGCCCGGCGCCGGCGCCCGCCGGGUGCGCCUGCAGCUCGCCACGCUCGAGGCGGGGCCCGGGGCGGCGGGAGCGGGGCCCGAGUGAGCCCCAGAGCAGCCCACCAGCCAGGACAUGACUGAGAUGAGCCGCUGUCCCCCAUCCAUCGCCUGGCCUCCGGGAUGCCUGCUGUCCCCCACCUGCCACCCCCCCAUAAACGGCUCUGCUCCCA